AUGGCUUCUGGACGAGGUGGAGCUGUAGCACGAGGUCCAGGUGGCGCUGGUAGCAGCGUACCAGGAUCUCCACCACGUCCUAUGGAGGGGCGGGUAGGGGAUGGCCCUGGAGGAGCCGGCGCAUGCUUUGUGGGAGGGUUGCUUUCCUUGGCGACGCCGACAUCACGUCACACUUUCCGCUACGACGGCCCUCGACCCCCUGCUAAGGGGAAGACACAGCCGGAGAGUGGCAGUGGGGAGGAGGAUGAGGAGGAGGAGGAGGAGGAGGGUAAUGGCGAUGACGAUGAGGACGAUGAGGGGAGUGGGGAUGACAGUGAGGCAGGGUGGGACCCAGAGACGGAUGGCGGUGGGGAGGGGGGAGAGGAUGAUGAAGACCACGAGAUGGAUGGGUUGGAGCCAGAGGGGCGGGAAGAGGAGGUGGGAGAGGGUGGUGGAGAGGCGGCAACGGAGGCGGGCUCACACCAUGGGCGUGAAGGGGGUGGGAGCGUGGGGGUUGCUGUGGGGAAGAAGGCCGCGACCAUUAGGCCGCCAAGGCAGGGGAAGAGGGUGAACAAGUUGAGGGAGCGGGCGUACACCGCUACGUUCACAGGGGAGCCGUUGGGUGAGGGCGUGAUCGCACCGGAGUUCCUAGACGAGGAUGGAGAGUCAGAAAGUAGCAAGGGGACGGGUAGCAGGAAACCGGGGUGGCAGGUUAUGAUGUUCGGACCAAAGGAUGCAGACGAGAAGCGUCAGUGCAAGAUUUGCACCGACAAGAUCUCGUGGAAGCAGUCCACAACCACUCCCGGCGAGCGGCACUUCGCGAGCCACCAUACAGCGCAUAUGCUUGUGUGGCAUCACCGUUACCACACCCCGUCCAUUCAGUUGCCAGGCGAGACGUUUCCACGCGGGGGUUACAAAGGGGGCAGGAUUGAGCGGUUUAUGACAACGAAGCUGUCACAAGGGGAGCUCCGACGGGCGAUCGCCAAGCUAGUGGUCACCUGCGACCUCCCCUUCCGCAUCGUGGAGGCCGAGGCUUUUCGGGAGCUCCUGAUCCUGCUAAAUCACAACUGCGCGCAGAAGAACUUCAUCCCCUCCCGUUGGACGGUCUCCCGCGACACCGUUGUCUUUGCGGCGGCCGCUCUCCAGUCCGCCAUCGCGGAGAUGCUGGCGAAGGAGGGGGAGCUGGGGUGCAAGGUGUCGAUUACCAUAGACAUAUGGACGGCACCCAACAACAGAGCAUGGCUGGUGGUGACCGGCCACUGGAUAGACGAGGCCUUCCAGCUGCGCACGAUGGUGCUCGAGUUCCGUGAGAUGCUCGGGCGGCAUGGAGGCAAGGAGAUUGCGAAGGUGGUUGAGGAGACAGUGGUGCAGUGGAAGUUGGAGGGGCGUUGUCUUGGGUUGACGUCAGACAACGCCUCCAGCAACAUUGCUGCCUUCAGGCGGCUGUCGGAGGAGGGUGGUGGGAGGUGCUUCUUCACCGAGCGCAUGCACUUCCGCUGCCUGGCACAUGUGAUCAACCUUGCCGUGAAGGCAGCUCUCGCAGUGGCCGCCAUCCGCAAGCUGCUGAAGAUCCUGAGGGAGAUGGCGUCGUGGGUGGGCUUCUCGCCGCAGCGCUCAGGGAAGUUCCUGGGCCUGCAACGGACCUUGAACGCGCAGGCCAACCCCGCCAAACCGAAGCCGGCACUGAAGCUGGUGCAGGACUCUCCCACGCGCUGGGGCUCGACACACGACAUGGUCGAGCGAGCCGGGGUUCUGCAGGAACCUAUCAACGGCUUGUCGGCGACUGACAAGAAGAAGGUCGAGAGCUUGCGCCUGACAGACGCAGAUUGGGACACCCUGCAUGCUGUCAAGGCACUCCUCAGUCCAUUCGCCAGAGUCUCGAAGGCAGCGGAGGGGGCGGCGUACCCUACAGUGUCGAUGGUGUUGCCGUACUACAACGGCCUGAUCGACGCUUUGGAGGCGCGCCUUGCGAAGGGGCCAUCGGCUGCGCUGAAGCCGAUGAUCGAGGCGGCGCUGGGGGUCCUGAAGAAGUACGCGUACAUGUCCUCCAACGAGCUGUGGAUCGCCACCUUCUUGGAUCCGUCCAUGAAGGCGGCGUGGUUUGAUGACGAGCACUGGGAGUCGCAGCAUCCCGAGACCGAGCCGAGGGUGAGGCCGCGUCCCACUUCUAGCGAGGUGGUCCAGCUGGUACGCGACCGCGUGGCCGAGUACCAGGCCCGGGCUGCAGCGCUUGCCCCCCGGGCGCCCCCACUUGCCACCGUGACGGAGGAGGAGGAGGGUGACGCAGCGGAUGACGACGAGGAUGCGCAGUACAUCCCUAGUCGCCGUCGCCUUGCAGCGCGUCUCUCAACGAGCCAGCAGGCGGAGAGGGGUGGGAUGCUACAGGAUGACGAGAGGAUAGGCGAGGGCCGCCGACAGAGGGGCGUCGCACCGCCAGAGAUUGCCAUUGAGGGCGAGGGGGCGGAGGACGAUGACGAGGAGGAGGAGGAGGAGGAGGAGGAGGAGGAGGGGGAGGGUGAGGGGGAUGCUGAUGACACAGCGACUGGGGUGGAGCCUGCUGUUGGUAGUAGCAGUGGCGCGGCGUUAGCGUAG